AUGCUUUCACUUGAAAAUCAAGAUCUUGAUGAUGAAUAUGAUCCAAAAUUCUCCUUCUCUGGAACAGACAAUGAAUCUUCAACUGAUGGUGAUGAAAUUGUAGAUGGUGAUGAAGAUGACGGGCAAACGAAUAAUGAAGCUGAUGGGAUUGUUGUUGUGGAUAACUAUGACCCAUAUGCUGAUGAUGUUUGGGAAGAUGAUGGUGUAGAAGAUGAUGGUGUAGAAGAUGAUGGGGAUGGAAAUUACUUUGCAAAGCUAUAUAAAAAUGGGGAGAUGUUUGAUAAACAGGAAGAUGAGGGAUGUGAGUGGAGGCUACAUGCUUCUAGAUUAGCGGAUGGUUUCACUUGGGCUAUAAAGUCAAUAAAAAAUGGAGGGCACACAUGCUUGGGUUUGGAAACUAGAAAUCCAAUGGUGACUUCAAAAUGGGCUAGUAGAGUGCUAUUAGAAGACAUUAGAGCCAACAAUGAUAUUUCUGGUAAGGCAUUGAAUGCAUUACUAUGGAACAGGUUUAAUGUUCAAAUGGCCACUAGUACAUUGUAUAGAGUCAGAGCUCGGGCCUUAAUUGAGAUACAUGGUGGCUAUGAUGACUCAUAUUCUUUUUUGCCUAGUUAUUGUGAAAUGAUCAAGAAAACUAACACUGGUUCUAAUGCUAGUUGUGUGUGGAAUCCAAACACUCAUGUUGAUAGGCCUUUGGCUUUUGUCACAAUAUUCAUUUCAUUUAAGCAAUGUUUGGAUGGGUUGAAGAAUGGAAUUAGAGGGUUUGUUGGAGUUGAUGGGACACACUUGAAAGGAAAUUAUGGGGGUGUUCUUCUUUCUGCAGUAGCACUAGAUGGGAACAAUGAGUUGUUCCCAUUUGCUUGGGGGAUUGUUUCUAAUGAAGAUUCAGACACUUGGUGCUUCUUUGUGCAUCAUUUGAGGGAUUUACUUAGGUCAACUGGAAGAGGAGAUAAAUGGUGUAUCAUUUCAGAUCGGAAAAAGGGAAUUGAAAUUGCACUUGACAAGUUGUGGCCAGAAUUAGGUAGGAGAUACUGCACCAAACAUUUAGCUUCCAAUUGGAAGAAAGCAUUUCCUGGUCCAUUAAUGCUCUCUUUAUUUUGGAAAGCGUGUGGUGCGUGUUCUGAGUUCACCUUUAAAAAAGCUAUGGAAUAA